AUGUCUAAUGCUUCAUCGGCUUGCGGCCAUCGAGGGCCAGGCAGCUUCGACCCUGCUUCUAUGUCGUGGACUUCAUACUCCGGCCUUCUGAAUACGUACAUUCAGAUUGCCAAUUUGACGACGGACGAGAGUAAAAAGCUGUUUUUAUUACAGCAGAUUGGUUCCAAGGUAUUCCACCAGCUCACGGUCGCUCUGAAUGGGCAGAAUGCUAUGGAUAAGACUUUUGAGGAACUGUGUUAUACUUUGAAAGGGAUUUACGAUCCCCCGGCUAUGUUAGCGCCAAUCAGGCACAAGAUCUUUUCUUGUCGCCAAAAGGCGUCCCAGACUUCGGAGGAGUUCAUUAUGGAGAUCCUGUCGUUGUCAAUGAAAGCCGAUCUCGAUUCGAUAACUAAUCCUCGAGAAUUUGUUCAAGUCCAGGCCAUUAUUGCCGGCGUUCGAGAUGAUAAGACCAGGGUACGGCUUCUGGAGGAAGAAAAUCCGUCGUUGGAACGGAUUCGAGCUUUGGUACGGACUUCGGAGCAAGCACGGUCGGCUGCACAAGCCAUGAAACCGGAUUCUGAACAUCAAGGAGUUGUCUCUUACGUCGAUCGUCGUAAACCGAAGAAAGCUUUCCAAGGAGGAAAGCAGAAUGGAAAUCAGAGAAGAUGUUAUAACUGUGGAUCCACCGAACAUCUGGUUUCAAACUGUCCGAAGAAGAAAGGACAAGGAAGUCAUCGUCAAGGAGGUUCACGUCAAAAUGGACGGAAUCAGCGUCGUUUCAACAAGAAGGAACGAAUCAACGACACAGAAUGGGUUGAUCCUGACGGUGACAGUGACAGCGAUCCUCCUCUUCACCUGCUACAUAUGCACGUCGAUGAAGUUGAUCUGCACGCUGUCUGCCCGCCCACAAAGCUAGCAGUUCAAAUAAAUGGCCAAAAUUUCGAAAUGGAACUGGAUAGUGGAGCGGCUGUUUCGGUUAUCCCUGAAGGGGUGUGGGAUAACGUUGGAAAACCGCAGUUGACGCCAACUUUGGGGCGUCUGAAGGCAUAUGGGGGCACACCAUUGCCGUUAAAAGGAAGCUGUACAGUGGAAAUGAAGUUUGAAGGUCAAACAACAUGUGCCAAGCUGGUGGUUCUUGAAGGCGAUGGACACCUUCUCUUUGGUAGAGAUCUUAUCGCCAGUUCAAGCUCGAUAUGGGACCGUAUUUUGUGCACCAAGUCGUCCCACCAAUGCCAGCAUUCGGUCUAACGGUAGACCAGAUCAAGGAAAAGUUCGCGGUGCUUUUUGAUGAUUCUUUGGGUACUUAUAAAGGCCCGGACGUGGAGCUCAAAUUCAAGAAACCCCCUACUCCCGUCUUCUUCCGCUCUCGACAAAUUCCCUUUGCUUUACGGGACAAGGUCGAUCAAGAGUUGGACAAGUUGGAAAAGUCCGGUGAAUGGAAGAAAGUACGACAUACUGACUUUGCCUCGCCAUUGGUCAUUGUUCCAAAGCCAGGCGACAAAAUUCGACUUUGUGUCGAUUUCAAAAGGACUAUAAACCCACAGUUGGACGUAGAUGAACAUCCAAUACCUACUGUAGAGUCAGUAUUCCAGUCGUUAAAUGGAGGCAAAACUUUCUCCAAGAUCGAUCUGAAGGCGGCCUUUACUCAGUUAAAGCUUUCGCCAGAUUCUCAGAAGAUCUGCACGGUCAGCACACCAAGAGGAUUGUACCAGUGUACUAGAUUACCAUUUGGUAUCGCAUCGGCUCCAGCAAUCUUCCAAUCAACAAUUGAGAAGAUAUUGCAAAGUAUACCUAAUGUCGCCGUCUAUCUGGACGAUAUUACGGUAACGGGACAAGAUGACAACAAACAUGCUGAAAAUUUGUUCGCCGUGCUGACACGGUUGCAAAACGCUGGAUUGAAGGUGAAGGCCUCAAAAUGUCAAUUCUUUGAGCCAAAAAUCAUGCUUCUGGGUCAUAUUUUGACUUCUGAAGGCAUCAAGGCUAUUCCUGAGAAGGUUGAAGCCAUUAGGAAGAUGCCGGCUCCAAGAAACAUUAAAGAAUUGUCCUCCGUUUUGGGUAUGAUACAAUACUACGCAAAGUUUGUCAAAGGACUGUCUUCUGUAGCAGCCCCUUUGAACAAGUUAAGGAAGAAGGCUUGUCAAUGGGAAUGGGGAUCUGAGCAACAAUUUGCUUUCCAAGAACUGAAGAAACUAUUGACGAGUUCAGAGGUCCUGGUACACUACAACCCACAGCUACCAGUCAGACUGUCUACAGAUGCUUCUGAUUACGGUAUUGGAGCUCAAUUGGAACAUAUAUUUCCAAAUGGUAACAUUAAAGUAAUUGGAUAUGCCAGUAGAACCUUGACCCCGGCCGAAAGAAACUACUCGCAGAUCGAGAAGGAGGGGUUAGGGAUCAUCUAUGGAGUUACUAAGUUCAACCAGUACUUGUAUGGCAGGCGUUUUACAUUGUUGACCGACCAUCAGCCACUGGUUCGUAUUUUUGGUCCUAAAAUGGGUUUGCCAACGGUUGCAGCUCGUCGGCUGCAAAGAUGGGCUACAUUUUUGAUGUCAUACUCGUUUGACAUCGAAUAUGUUCCAACAGACAAAUUUGGGAACGCUGACGGUCUCUCUAGGCUUCCUAAUCCGGACGAGAAGCCAGACAGAGCUACGAAAGUCGAAGAUCUUACGGUGAACGCCGUGCAAGAUGUCAUACAGUAUCCUAUUGGUCUUGGUCAAGUUCGGAAGGCAGAAAAAGACAAGAUAAUGUCUCAGGUCAAGAAAUACGUACAGACGGGCUGGCUAGACAAAUGCCCUUCUGAUCAGUUGGUUCAGUUCUAUCGUAAACGCCACUCGUUGACAUUGUUCCGAGGCGCUUUACUAAAAGGUAAUUAG